AUGUGCCCAACUCUUCAAGAAUCAACUACCGAACAUGCUGACGCCGUAGGAUUAUUCACCGGACAACAACAAAGAAGAUAUGAUCCUUUCUCCAACACAUACAACCCCAAAUGGAGGGAUCGCCCGAAUCUGAGUUACGGUAACCAACACCUUCAAAAACCCCAAUACAGACCACCUCCGCAACCUAACCCCACGCCUAGCCCAUCUCUCGAAGACAUGAUAAAAGCACUAGUGGCCAACACACAACAAUUCCAACAACAGACCCAGCAAUUCCAGCAACAGACCCAGACGCGCAUUCAAAAUCUAGAAUCUAAAAUCAGUCAACUGGCGUCGUCUGUUGGUAAGCUAGAGUCCCAAGGUAAGCUACCUUCUCAGUCUGUCAUUAACCCUAGACAAAUUGCUAGUGCUAUUACGCUUCGUAGUGGAAAAGAAUUGCAGGAACAUGUGAACGAAGAUGACACCAAACGUGGGCACGGUGUGAAAAGAAAGUUGGAAAAGGAAAUUGAGGUCCAACAAGAACAAGCCAAACCAGAAGCGGACCAUCCGAAGCCUUUGGUAACUAGACCGCCCUUCCCUGAAAGAUUCACUAAGGUAAAGAAAGAAGAGGAAGAAAAAGAAAUCCUUGAAACGUUCCGCAAAGUGGAGGUAAACAUCCCGCUGCUCGAUGCCAUCAAGCAAAUACCCCGAUACGCGAAAUUUCUCAAAGAAUUGUGCACUAGCAAGGGUAAACUCAAGGGAAAGGAACGGGUAAGUAUGGGGGAGAACGUCUCCGCAAUUCUCCAACGAAAAUUACCCCAAAAAUGCAAUGAUCCAGGUAUGUUUUCUAUCCCUUGCAAAAUUGGAAAGAUUGGAAUAGAAAAAGCAAUGUGUGAUUUAGGUGCUUCUAUCAAUAUUAUGCCUCUUACUAUAUAUGAAUCUUUGAAUGUUGGCCCAUUGAAAGAAACGGGGGUCAUUCUUCAACUUGCUGAUCGUUCUGUAGUUUACCCCGAAGGAGUUCUUGAGGAUGUACUUGUGCAAGUUAAUGAAUUGGUUUUUUCUGCUGAUUUUUAUGUGCUUGAUAUGAGGGGGGAUAUUUCUCCCAAUUCUACAUCCAUCUUGCUAGGAAGACCAUUCCUUAAAACCUCAAAAACCAAAAUUGAUGUUGAUGCCGGAAUUCUCUCUAUGGAGUUCGAUAAUGAGGUAAUGAGGUUUAAAAUUGAUGGUGCCAUGAAAUAUUCUAAUGAUGUGCAUUCUAUUUUUCUCAUUGAUUCUAUUGAUCCUUUAUUGCAAAAAAAUGCUAUGUUCAAUAGUAGAGGAGCAUUCAAGAUAACAAUUGCCAAAAGAUCGAGUCGAAGAACUUACAAGAAACAAGUCUUUCAUGACAAAAUAAGUUUAAGGAAGAAGUCAUCCAUGGACUGCCAAGUUCCCCUAAAUCCACACAUCACCGGGUGCAUUACAUAG